AGAGGAGUGGAUCUCAGUGUGCUCCUGCACCGUUGCUGCAUCCCACACCCGGACAGUGGAAUCGCUUGGGGGAGAACGAGACUGACCAAACCGAAUUGGCAAAGAUAUCAGAGCUCGAGACACGCGUUAACAAUUGGACAGUCGACAGACAUGAUCGUGACAGAAAUUGGGACAUUCGCCGAUGUAAGUCCAAGACACUAGACCUUCAGUCACGUCUAGCUUACCGUAUGCAAAUUCAAUCUUAUUGCAACGUCACCGUUCCAUAAAUCGAGAUUCACGACCCUGCAACUUCAGACUUGCUAAUCCUUGCCUGUGGGUUUGGACUUCGUCGUAUCACAUGUGCGUUCCUGCAAAUAUACGACUCAAAGCAAAGUGUUAUUUUACUCUUGAACGCUUCACUAGAAGAGGAGACAGCUAUUGGAGAUGAACUGGGUGUCAUGGGGUGCAGGCGGCCUGGAUUGCGAAUUGUGGGUUAUGAGAUGGGCAAGCGGGAUAGCCAGGACCUCUACAAGAAUGGCGGCCUCAUUUCUGUCACCUCCCGCAUUCUUAUCGUUGACGUGCUGCAAUCCGACAUCCCAACGGAGCUCAUAAUGGGUAUAAUCAUCUUACAUGCUGAAAAGGUCACUGCUCUCUCCCUUGAAGCAUUUAUUGUCCGGCUGUAUCGUGAAAAGAAUAAGGCCGGCUUUCUCAAAGCAUUCUCAGACCAGCCGGAGCAUAUCACCAGUGGCAUGUCUCCGCUGAAGAACAUCAUGAAGGAGCUUCAAUUGAGACGCGUUCAUAUAUAUCCACGAUUUCACGAAGACGUCAAGAAAACGCUCGAAACACGUAAAGUAGAUGCUAUCGAAUUUUAUCAGCAUCUUACAGAGCCUAUGGAGGCAAUUCACCAUGCGAUAGUCCAAUAUAUGACCGUCACCCUUUCCGAGCUCAAGAGAUCUAACAAGAUACUUGAGCUUGAUGAUCUUAAUGUAGAGUCUGCAUACUUCCACUCCUUUGAUGCAGUAGUCCGCAGGCAAUUAGACCCCGUAUGGCACAAGGUCGGCCCAUAAGCAACUUGUGGGUGACCUCGCGAUGCUCAGACGUCUAUUAACGUAUCUGCUAUCCUACGACGCGCUGGCUUUUCACGCAUACCUGGAAACUCUCGUAUCCUCGAAUACCACAACCGCAAUUAGUGCAGCUAAACAACACCAGUCCCCUUGGACGCUCACUGAUGCGGCUAGC